ACCAACAAACAAUAAUGUCAUAGCGUAGAAGUGUAGAACCUCUUGCAAUGUAUAAUUGUAUAUGUACAUUUCUUGACACAUAAGUAAACUUAACACCACCUCACACACAGUUACCGUCAUCUCUGUUAAAUCAUCCACCGCGUUGACCGUCGUAAACCACCGAAUUGACCGUCGCGAUCCACCACCAACCAUGUCUUCUACGUCACCAUCCUCCUCCUCAAACAUCAUGCUAGCAAUCUACGAGAAAAAAACCACCGCAAUCGACCUCUACCGUCCUCUCCGCAACUACGUAGCCUUCAACUACUCCGAACGCGAAGCUCAAAACCUCGAUGACGAUCUCGAAACCCUAAAAUCGAUGCGCAACAGCAUCGAACGAUCCUCCGCCGUCGAUUCCCUCACCUCACGCCGCGAUCUCCUCCAAAACUACUUCAAAACCCUAACGGUUAUCGAAUCUAGGUUUCCGAUCUCAGACAGUAACGAUGACGUCACCUCCGUCACCUCCGUCACGUUCACGUGGCACGAUGCGUUCAAACACAAGCAGAAAGCGUCACAACAGAGUAUACAUCUUGAGAAGGCUGCUGUGUUGUUUAAUUUGGGGGCGGUGUAUAGUCAGUUAGGGUUAGGGUUUGAUAGGAUGACGGUGGAAGGAAGACGGCAGGCGUCUCAUGCGUUUAUCGCUGCGGCUGGUGCGUUUGCGUUUUUGAGGGAGAAUGAGUCGGUUAAGGCGUCGGUUGGGAGUUCGACUACGGUGGAUGUUUCGGUCGAGUGCGUCGGGAUGUUGGAGAGGUUGAUGCUUGCUCAGGCUCAAGAGUGUGUGUUCGAGAAUAGCAUUGCGAAAGGGAGUAGUAAUGGUGUUUGUUCUAAGAUUGCUAGACAGGUGGGUCUCUAUUACGAAGAAGCUCUGGCUGCACUAAACGUUGCACCUCUCGCACAACACUUUGACAAGGCGUGGUUGUCGCAUGUUCAACUAAAGGCAGCAUUGUUUUACGCAGAGGCUUGUUAUAGAUACAGUUUAGAGCUUCACGAAAAAGAAGAGAUCGGAGAAGAAAUCGCACGGUUAAAGAGCGGUAUCGGGGCUUUAACCGAUGCCAAAAAGUCAUCUCCAAAAGGGGCUGCGCAGCAGAUUCUUGAUGCGGUUAAUAAGUUAGAGACCGAUCUUAAGAAUAACUUAGACAGGGCUAUGAAAGAGAACGAUAGGGUGUACCUUAUGAGGGUCCCACCAGCCAGCGCAUUACAACCUCUUCCUGCGUUUGCAAUGGUCAAACCGUUGAACAUGAGCGAGGUAUUGGAUGCAAGCAAGGAGAAGAUGUUUGCAAGUCUCGUCCCCGACAGCAGUGCAAAGGCGCUUUCACGGUACACUGAAAUGGUCGAUGACAUCAUCAGAACUCAAGCGGAAAAACUGCAGCAAGGGAGCGAGCUGGCUCGGGUGAGUCUCAAGGAAAUGGACUUGCCGGGUUCGAUUCUUGCAUUGGAAGGACACUCUGUCUUGCCAACGGCUUUAUGGGAAGAUGUAGAAGCGGUUCAAGUUAGUGGCGGUCCAGCUGGGUUGGAAAGCGAGCUUCAACAGCUUCGGGAUUUGAGUAGGGUUAACCAUGAGUUGUUGGUUCAGACUGAGGAGCUUAUUCAAAAAGAGGCUGCAGAAGAUGCACAGUUUAGAAGCCAAUUUGGGACCCGGUGGACCAGGCCUCAGUCUAAUACUCUUACGAAAAACUUGCAGGAUCGGUUAAAUAGAUUUGCAGCAAAUCUGAAGCAAGCUGCAGAUAGUGAUGCUAAGAUUGAACGUUCAGUGAGAGAGAACAUGUCACUCAUGUCUAUUCUAGAUCGCCGUCCUAUUGAAUCUGCACUACCAACCUUGAGUAAGCCAAUCAUGUCGUUGGAUGCAAAUGAAGAUGCUAUAGUGGGGACCCUAAAACAGAGCUUGAGGCAAUUAGAAACGUUGGGUGCUCAACGGGCGGGUCUAGAAGACAUGCUUAAAGAUAUGAAGAGAAAGGAUGAUAUACUCCCAAAGUUGAUGACAUCAGCAGGCUCAUAUGAAGAUCUUUUCAGAAAAGAAAUCGCAAAAUACGAUCAUAUAUGUGAAGAAAUAUCUCAAAACCUCCAGGCCCAGGAGCAGUUAUUGCUACAUAUUCAGGCUCAAAAUGGUGAAUUUGCUGCCACCUUUAACGUUGAGGAUUACAGAGCGGCUUGUGAAAAGUGCUAUAAGCAGAUUGAAGCUGCCAUAGCCAAGUACCGAGAAAUCAAAGAUAACAUCAAUGAAGGACUCAAGUUUUAUGUUACUCUUCAGGAUGCAAUCACAAGUGUAAAGCAACAGUGCAGUGACUUUGUCAUGACACGAAGCAUACAAUGUCGGGAUAUGAUCGAAGAUGUACAAAAACAAAUGUCGGGUCUAAGUUUUCAAGACGGUAAAAAUUCAAGCGCGUACAACUACUCUUCAACUGGACCGCCACAACGACCAUCUUCCCAGUCUGAACCGCCCACCAACCAACCCCGCCCCCAAACACCCUACUACCACCAGCCAUCGCCACCAGCAUACGCUCAGCAACACCCUUCACCACCAGCAUACGCUCAGCAACACCCUUCACCGUCAGCAUACGCUCCGCAACACCCUACACCACCAGCAUAUGCUCAGCAACACCCUACACGGCCUGUUGCCACAUCAGAAUAUUCACAGCAACCAGCCUAUUCCCGUCCCCAACCGCCACCACCUUACUAUAAUGGGUCUCCGUCUCCAUACCCGCCACAACAAGGCCAACAGCCGCCAGCCGCUGGCGGCUAUGAGUACGGCCAGCCUGCGUAUCCUGGCUGGCAAGGGUCGUACUAUAACGCACAAGUCCAGGGUCAGCAAGGUCAGCAACCCGGAUCUUUUCCGAGGCCUCCGUAUACGGUUCCGUCUCCUUACCCUCCUAACCAGAGUGGUUACUAUAAUAAACAAUGAUUUUGUUUUGUCAUAUAUGGUUUUUGGUCUCGAUUUAACAAUAAUAUUGUUUAUAUAUAUUGUGGCUGUGCCGUCCGUUUUUUCUUCUUCUGCAAGUCGUUUGUAAACAAGUUGCAUACUAGUAGACAAUUGAGCUUGUGUACAUAAGGUAUAUCGACAGAGAAUAACGUACCCUACGUGCGAUUUCAUUGAUUACAUUUGUGCUUUCAUGUUUUCUUGUUUUGUAUUUUAAAUUAACGGUUGUAUUUGUUUGUUGGUAAUGUUUCAUGACAUUGUUAUGUUA